AUGGCGACUCGCGGCGCAGUGUGUCGUUGGAACGUUAGAAGGUUGAGCGAGAAGCUGUGACAGAUAAGGAGAGAGAGAGAGCGCGCGGGACGUGAGAAAAUGUCAAAAUGGGAGAAGAAGUGACGAUAAAAAGUAACAACGCUCACACACGGUCACCGCACACUGCUGUUUAAGCAUGUCCACAGAUGACAGUAUCUCUGAAGACGUGUCCAGCUCUGUGGCCCUAAGCCACGAUCAGAUCAGUGCCAAUGAUGGGAAGGAGAGCGAGGUGUCCAUCGUCUCCUCUGAGGACACGGUGUCCGGACUCCCCGAAGAGGAGCGGCCCGCGUCUCGCCCUGCUCAGACCCUGGAGGGCUUCCUACAUACGACAGAAGGGACAAAUCGACCCUCCACUACACCAGCAUGCAACAUUUCUAACAAAAUAAGGAAUCUGUGUCUUCGUACCGAGGAGGAGUUCGGCUCAGGGAGAAGUUUGCCCUUCAUCAACCCCAGCUCCAUAGAGACCCUCAGAGCCCUGGUGCAGGAGAUCCAGAGCAGUGGAGAGACGAACCCUGAGAUCUGGAAGAACUGUGAGGGCCGGUGGCUACAUCUCUUUCAGUUGGUGGAAAAGCAAUAUCAAGAGCAAAUACUUGCUCAACAGGACCAGUACCAGUGCCAAAUACAGCUCAUACAGGAUGAAAUUAAGGCGUUAGUGCAGUUACAGAACCGCCAAAUCAGCUCUCCGGCCCUGCAAACUGGAAAAACCCACAAGCUUUCAGAAGACCAAGCAACCGAAACCGCAUUCCCACAUUCGGCCGCAGGGCCUCUGUCACCUCCUCAUCUCACUGUCCAUCCUCAAGACAACUCUGAGGAGGGGAUGGUCACCGUUAUGAGCAGCGGAUAUGGGACACUAUCCACUUGGGAGCACAGAUUGGACCCGAGCCGGGCCAGUGUAGCGGAAGGAAGGGAUGAGGGGAUCUGGUCCCCGAACCAACAGGAUGGCAGUUUUACGCCGUCCCCGAUACCUGAUACGAACCCACUGAGCAGAAGCCUCACAGAUAAUGACAAGCGUCAGAUGACAGACGCUAGUGGAUCUAAUCCACUGACUGAUCAACAAACAGUAAUAAGUCAACCUCUGACCUCAUGGGCCCAACGGCAAAAACACAAACCGAGAAAAAACAGGAGGACACAAAUCAGGACAUCACAUGUAGAGGAGAGAGACAGGAGUUCGACAGGAGCAGGAUCUCCUCAGGAUCACACUGAUAUUUUGUCCAAUCGUGGACGCAGUUCAGCCUCUGUGAAUUCAUUGCCUUUGAAGAGAAGCGACAGUCUGAUGUCUGAAGCUUCAGGCCUCUCUUACUGGAGGCUGGAUGAGAGUGAGUUAUACCGCCCUCUACCUGACAACUUUGAAGGUGGUUCUUUCCUUCUACAUCAGACUCCAGAAGACAACCGACUCUCUCUGUCUCUGCGUGAAAUCUACCACAGCAAACAGAAAGGAGAUCCCAAAAGUCAUGAGUGGGACUCCUUAAUCAACUCCCCAAACUCCUCAGCUCAGGUGUUGACUCUGGACUCCACGGUGCACGUGAAACACUCAGAUCACACGUCGGGCUUCACGUCUCCCUCCCACUUCAGCAGUCCAUCCGUACAGGUCCGAGUCUAUCCCGGCGGCAGCGGGGCGCCUGUAAGUCCUGACUCGGCGGCCCUGCACAGCCAAAGUGACACCGACUGCAUAUCCAAUGCCAGCAGCUUGUCUGCGCAGCAGCCGCCCAACCGGACGUCUCCCUCUCCGAGAGCAAACCAGGCCAACAGCGAGGAUGAGGGCAGCCACACCGCCACGGUCACCGUGCAGCCCAGAGGUCCGCUCGCUCGAGGGAUGUGUAGCACCGGAUCAGCCGACGCAAGACUGGAGAGAACAGCCUCACUGGAAGAUCCGGUGGUCCUUUCACUGUUAAGACAGAGCCUUAGGGAGAAGCACACUCGACAUAUAGCUGAUCUCAGAGCUUACUACGAGGCAGAAAUAAGUGCACUAAAAGAUAAACUGGACCUGGUGAAUUUACCUCUUGACAUGGAGAAAAGCAACCAGAUGUUACUUGAAAGAUGUCAGCACCUGGAGCGAGCGCUAACAGAGGCCAGCACACGCAUCCGAGACCUGGAGAUCAAAAACCAGAUCUUAGAAAAACAGCUGGCGGAGUGGCCUGAACGGUACGACGCUGCCAGCACAGCGGUCCGGGCCCUGCAGCAGAGAUUAGAGGAGACCAAACACAGCAGCCGCGAGAAAGACGGUACCGUGAACAAACUGAAGAACCGCCUGCGACAGCUGGAAGAAGCCGUCCAACGCGCCUGUAAGGAGGUGGAUGAGAAGGAGGCGUGUCUGAUGAAAGAACACAAGAUGUUGCAGGAUCUGCUAAAUGAAUACGAUGGGUUGAGAAGAGAGCACGAGGGAACGAAGGACAAGUUAACUUCAGCUGAAAACAAGCUGUUUGAUGCCAACGAACAAAUAUGUGACUUGAAAAGGAUCAUCUCAAAGCUGGAGUCUCAAUUUCGACAGUUACAGCACGAGAGUUUGGCUAAAACCCGUCAGUCUCUCCAUGGUCACUCUCAGCCGUCUGGUGCAGGUUUAUUCCAUCACCCUGAUCUGCUGAUGUCACCGAGUAGAAGACAGCGAGAUGUUGAGAGCAGCGUAAGGAACGUUGCCGGUCUCGGGACCGAACACUUACCUGGAUCAUCUUCAGACCGGACAUCCAGAGAAUGGCUGUCUCCUCCAGAGAGAGAGCAGAUACAGCUUCACACCGAUGAGCAGAAGAAGAAAGAUGUUCCUCUGACACCCAUGAUGAAAGCUCUGAUUCAGAUGGAGGACACCAAAGCCACGGAGGGUCGAGCUCUGUCCAGGACCAACUGCAGUUCCUCUAGGUUGCCCAGAAGACGACCUACAGUGGCGUUUGUUGAAUCAUCUGUCAGAGAGGCGGUACAGGACAGGAGCGGAGCUGGAUUAAUAGCUCAAAGGAGUCUCUCCCCAGAGGGUCACAGAUCUUCCUCUCUGCCCCCUCGAACACAGAGAGGCGUUCCUCUGUCCACACCCACAAAAAGAGACACCUUAAUGACGCCUCUGUCCGCAAAAUCCAGCCCUAAACGCUGUCCGUCAGAAAACUUCUCCACCGCGUUAGGUCACCCUCUUCCUUCCCAAGAGCACCUGCAGAGCAGGUUUGAUUUAGUUUGUGAUCGAAAUGGUGCCAAUUCCUCUCAGCCAUCCCAUCCAAGCCCAAGAAAGAGGUUACAGUUUAUGACAUCUGACAGACCAGAAGUUAAGGCUCAGUCUAGUGUGAACUCAUCUGAUGCUCCAGAGAGCAGCGAAUCAGACGAGCGUACAGGCAGACACAGAUGGCAGGAACAGGAAACGCCAAUCAGUUCACUGCAGACACAAGACUCUGGUGAUGACGCGCAGCUCUCCUGUCAGCCUCGCGUUCAGUCAUUGGCCGACGCAGAACGUCUCUUUGAUGAGCUCACACAGGAAAAGCAGCAGAUUGAAGCGGCGCUGAGCAGGAUUCCUGGAGCCGGGGCUCGAGUCACGUUGCAGAGCAGGUUAGACGAGGUGUCAUUGGAGAAUCGCUUAGAAAAGGUGAACCGUGACCUCGGGUUUAUUCGCAUGACUUUGAAAAGAUUCAACAUCCUGCGGACAUCUGCUAACAUCUAGCCUGAAGUCGCGAAAUAUGAUUUCAUGUUUAAUUGGCUUCCUGUAUCCCGGACCAUAUGAAUUAUUAUUAGGAUUGACUCUAAUGUACAUGUUUAGUAAAUAUUUGUACUUUUGUUACCGUAUGAUCUAUUUUGUAUGUUUUAUUACACAAUGAAGUAUAUUUUAAUAAUAGCAGAUUUGUAAAAAAACAUUUACUUUUUUAAAUUGUGCCUGACUCCUUCGGAUGAAUGAAAAUGUAUAUAUUUUUAUUUUCAGUUUUGCUGCUAAUCAAUGAAUGGCAAAAAUAGUCCUGCAGGGCAGAUCAUUUGCAGUGUUUAAAUGCAUAUGUUUUUUUUUACAUUUCUUAAUUUAAAUGACUUUUUUAUGUUUUUACACUGUGCUUAAGUAUUUUUUGCUUUCAUUCAUUGUAUGAACAUUAUUAGUCAUACGACAACAUUGCCUGUGCCAUAUGUGAUGCGAGCAGAUGAUUGAUUGUAUGCGAUGACAAAGAGUUGAAUUGCCUUGUUAACAUCAUCUCAUGCACAGAAAACAAACCCGAACCAGCAAACCGUUUACACAGUUUUCAAAGUUAGAUCUCUGACAUUUUGAAAUGCAACAUGCACAGGAAGUAUUGCUAACUUUGAUGCAUGAAUUUUGAAUUAUACUCUUGUCUGCUUUUCCAUUUUUAGAUGUCGACAGUUCAUUUUUCCCUCGAGCUCAUGAAAUCUAUUUACUGUUACACUGAAAUGUUUCACAAUUAAAUCUGCAUACUGAA